AUGUACUCUACCUUCAACGCAUCCAGCCGUCCGGCUGCAUGGACCCUCGACCAGCCAGAGGCUGACGUCGCAGUUAACUCGUCCGAGUUCAACUCCACCAGUUUCUCUGCCGCCGACUUCUCCUCAACUGGCUUCCAGCCGAUCGUUGAGAAGACUGGACUCACUCUUCCUGACACUACCAUCUCUCCCGACACAGCAAUGUCUCGCUCCAUUGUCAAGAUUGAAGCGCGCUUUGCCAACAAAUUAACCGGUUACUCCAUCUGGAAGAUCAGCACCGGUCUCCUUGUCAGCCCUGACCUCGUCGUCGCAGGUAGCGAGGCCGUGUACGAUGCGGAGUAUCAGCUUGGUGCGGCUACGCAGGUCAAGUGCUACAUUGGUUACCGUGGACGCGACAUCCAGCCCCGAAACGGCCAGCGUGUUGUCUUCUCAGCAGACUGGACUGGAGGUUCGGAGAGGCGCUCGCGAGAUAUCGCUUUCAUUCAGGUUGCUCAGCCUUUUGCUUUGAUUACUGACGAAAUGGCAUCUGCAGAAGAACCCGUCCCCGUCCCCGUCACUGUUUGCACCAACUGCAGCGCUCACGAGGUCCCCGUCGCUCAGUCCGAGCCUGAACCCAAGGUCACUCAGAUUGAUGCUCCUGCUCACGAGGUCCCAGUCGCUCAGUCCGAGCCUGAACCCAAGGUCACUCAGAUUGAUGCUCCUGCUCCCGUUUGUGUCGAGCCCGUAGUCGAGGAGCCUCAGCUCGCGAUUCCAACCCCAGCAGCUGAACCAAUCCCCGAACCCGACUACGUUGACAUCAAGAUUGACAAUACGCCCGACACUUCCGUCUCUGACGACGUCGAUCCCUUCUACGAAACCCUCAAGACCGUAUCCCAAAUCGACACAAAAACCCUCGACAUCGAAUCCUCACUGAUCGACGACGUCGGCCAAUUCGUCAGUGUCGCCGCUGGCUCUCUCGUCAGCCACGUCGUCGGCACAGAGACCAUCUCCAGUGGGAAGGCAACCAAGCUCUCCGGUGUCUCUGAGCGUGCCCUCCUCGCCGAAGCAUCUCUCCAGGCUGUAUUCGCAAUCGAGCAGUCCACCGAGCUUGAUGAGAUCAUCGCAGCGAUGAAAGAUAACUGGACUGCCAAUGCGCCACAGGUUGAUGAGCUUUCUGAGCUUCUUGCGCCGUACCUUGCUGAGGCUGCUCGAUGCAUUAUUGAGUAUCAUCAGGAAGAUGAGGCUGCGGGGAAUGUCACUUCCUCCAAGGCUCUGAAGCGCCGAAAUCUUGGGAUUCGACAGUUCCCUGUCAGCGAUGCAACCAAGGGUUUUGUCAAGGGCCUCUUUGAACCUACGCUUCCUCUUGCAGGUCGUGAGGAUGUCUUCUCCUCUCUUGGUCCUGCCCUCCGCAGUGCUGUGUCCGCUGUCGAACAAAUCGUCUGCCAAGCUGGAAGCACCGCAGUUGAUGUGAACACGCCCAAGCUUCUCACCAAGUACAAAGGCCCUGCCCCCUCAGCCGGCGACAUUGAAGCAACCCGCGUUCUCGUCCAACGCGCCAUCAUGGCUGAUGCCGCUUACCAGGCCCUUUCUACCCUUCCCCGCGAAAAGCUCCAAGCUCUAAAAGUCAUCCCUCUCGACGCUGAGCUUCCUCCAGCUGACAACAUCUUUGACUUGAUCAAGAACGUCAUUCAGAAGAUUGGUCCUGUUUGUCUUCACGACGCCAGGCAAGCUGUGCACAAGUUUUUCCCUCUCCUCGUCGAUACUCCUGCCAAGGCUCCCAAGCCUGUUCCCGCAAAGACUGCGAGCAGCAAGUUUGCGCUGAGAGACUUUCUGAGCAGCAAGAAGGGCUCUGUCAAGACACUUUGA